AUGCAGGAACAAGAGUUAGGGCAACAGCAGUGUCCCAAGUCACCAAGAAACAUUCUAUUUGACAAGUAUGAGAUGGGAAGGCUUCUAGGACUAGGCACCUUUGCUAAAGUCUACCAUGGAAGAAACCUCAUCACAAAUGAAAGUGUAGCCAUCAAAGUGAUCAACAAAGACCACAUAAAAAACGAAGGCCUCAUGGAGCAAAUACAGCGCGAAAUUUGUAUCAUGCACUUAGUUCGCCACCCCCACAUUGUUGAAUUAAAAGAGGUUAUGGCCACGAAAACCAAGAUCUUCUUCGUUAUGGAGCACGUAACGGGCGGUGAAUUGUUCAACAAUGUAUUCGAAGGGAAACUCAAGGAAGACGUGGCUAAAAAGUACUUUCAACAACUUGUAAGCGCUAUUGAAUUUUGUCACAGUCGCGGUGUCUCACACCGCGACCUAAAGCCAGAAAACCUUCUUCUAGAUGAAAAUGGAGAUCUGAAGGUCUCCGAUUUCGGAUUGUCAGCAUUACCAGAGCAUCAUUGGAGCGACGGUAUGCUUCACACGCAGUGUGGCACGCCGGCUUACGUGGCGCCUGAGAUUUUGAGGAAAAAAGGGUAUGAUGGAGCAAAGGCAGACAUAUGGUCUUGUGGGGUUGUUCUCUUUGUUUUUCUUGCCGGCUACUUGCCAUUUCUAGAUGAGAAUGUGAUGAGAACUUAUACGAAGGUUUUCAAAGCUGAGUAUGAAUUUCCACCUUGGAUUUCAGGGGAGGCAAGGUUGUUGAUAAAAAAGGUUUUGGUUGUUGACCCGGAAAAGAGAAUUUCGUUUAAGGAGAUAAUGAGGGAUCCUUGGUUUCAAAAGGGUUCAAAUUUUCCUAGGCCAAUUGGGGUUCCCAAUUCCAUUGAAAACGAUCAAAACAAAAAGGAUGAUAGAAUUGGAAAUUUGGGUAGGUCAAGAAUUGGUAGCAUUACUACUAGUACUACAAAAUAUUCAUCAUCAUCUCCACCAUUUUUCAAUGCUUUCGAAUUCAUAUCGUCCAUGUCAUCCGGGUUUGACUUGUCGAACAUGUUCGAGGACAAGAGGAAAUCUGGGUCGAUGUUCACGUCCAAGUGCUCUGCCUCCGAGAUCAUGGCGAAGCUGCGGGUGGUGGCGGAGAGGUUGAAUUUUAGAGUGGUGUGUGAGAAGGAAUUCAAGGUGAAAUUGCAAGGGAAAAAGGAUGGGAGGAAGGGGAAGUUGGCAGUGUCGGCGGAGUUCUUUCAGGUGGCGACGGAAGUGGAGGUGGUGAAGUUCUCAAAAUUGGCCGGUGACACUCUUGAGUACACCAAGUUUUGUGAGGAGGACGUGAGGCCUGCACUUAAGGACAUUGUUUGGACUUGGCAAGGUGAAGAAAAUGAGUGUGAACUAAAAAAGGUUGAAAAUCUUAACUGUCAUUAA